AUUCAGCGUAUCCGCCUUAAGGAGGAGAGGUGGGUGCAGAAGGAGCGUGAGGAUGAAGAGCUCAACAACCCCAUGAAGGUGCUAGAAAACCGCACCAAGGACGCAAAGCUGGAGAUGGAGGUGCUGGAAAACCUGCAGGAGCUGAAGGACCUGAACCAGCGGCAGGCCCAUGUGGACUUCGAGGCCAUGCUGUUGCAGCACCGCCUGUCACAGGAGCAGCAGAGACAGCAUCAGCAGGAGGAGGAUGAGUGUGAGACUGCUGCCUUGCUGGAAGAGGCUAGCCACUGUAGGCUUUUAGAGGAUUCUGACUCAGAGGACGAGGCUCCACCUUCCCGACCAUUGGCAGCUGCAAGACUCAAACUCAAGGCCAUCCUCGACGAGGUUCCAAAGGCCAAAAGGAAGGCAGAAGGCCUAGGCAGCAGGGCACAGCUGGCUGCCAUGGUUGUGCCAAAGAAGGUGAAGAUGGAAGCCAACGGGGACUCAGAGCAAGUCCAGGUGCCAGCCGUGGGUGCCCCGGAGAGCAGGAAGGCAUCUGACCCCACACCACAGACACCUGGUGUCUCUUCCCUGAGCCAGCUGGGUGCAUAUGGAGACAGCGAGGACAGUGACAGCUGA